AUCGCUCAGGCACAACAGGCCACAGAGGAGGACCAGUGAGUGUCUCUGUGCAGAAGCAGACUCACACACUCCUAUCUCCUCAGAGCAGCGAGGCACAGGCCAUGUCCGGUGAUGGGAGUGCAGAUGCUUCUGUCCCCACAGACUUGACGGUGACCAGCCAUGGGGACAGUGAGGAGGAGUACGCUGCCACCAGGAGACAUGCCCGUGAGCUGCAGAGCCUUGCGUCAGAGAGAGCUGAGCUGCAGAGGGUUGUGGAGAAGCUGAGACUUGAGGUGCAGAACAAGGAUGCCCAGCUGGCAGCCCUGGGCCACCAGCUGCAGGCCAGCGUGGUGAAGGCCGUGGCCCAGAAGGAUGACCAGCUCUCCAGCAAGCAGAUCCAGGUCACCAGCCUGGAGAUGGAGCUGAAGCGAACCCGAGAGGAACUCAGCACACUGCGGGAGAGAGCAGCCCGGGAACUGGCUCACCUCACCCAGAAGUGCUCACAGUUUCAGCAAAAUCAGAAAAGAUUGGUGACAAGGCAAGAUGAACUCCGCAAGUCACUAGCAGACCUGCAUUUGAACCAGGAGGAGUUUACCAGACUUCGACAGACAUCACCUGAGGAGCUUUCAUUGCAGCAGUACACAGCUCUGCGAGUGUAUGAGCUGGUGUGGCCACUGAGACUGAGACUGAAUGAACUGGAGGCAGUCAAGUCAUCCCUGGAGAGUGCUCUGGACUCCAAGGAUUCUGACCUGAGGACCAGAACAGAGGAGUGCUCAAAGCUGCGGAGAACCUCAGAGGAGCUGCAGAGGAAGUGUGAGCAGUACGCCAGUCAGCUGGUGAGUCUGAAGGACGAGCAGAGGAAUGACGACUUCAAGGUUAGAAACUACUCCCGUGUCAAGGCCGAGAGAGACCAGCUGCAGGAGGAAAGGAUUCUCCUGACAAAGACCAACAGUGAGUUUGAACUGAUUAAUGCAACUUUAAAGAAGGAACAUAGUAUACUUCAGGAAAAUUUUAGUGAAUUGAAGAGAAAACAGAGGAAACAAGAGUUUGAUUUGAGUCAUUAUCAAGAACAGAGUGCUGAUUUAAAGACAAAAUUAGAUAGAGUUUCAGAGGAAUUGGGCUCAGUCAGCAAGCAGCUAACUCAGGAGAGGGAGAGGUGUGGAGACCUGCAUGAGAAGUACCUGUCAGCGAGGGGAGACGUGACACAGCUCACUGAAAACACUCGAGACCAGCAGCACGAGAUAAAGCUGCUGAGGGAACGGCUUGAGGCGUGCAAGCUGCAGUGCUCUGGGAUGCAGGACAAAGUAACAUUCCUCUCCCAACAGAAUGAAGACUUGAAUGCAGAUGUGGAGAAGUCAAGACUGAAGCUCACUGUUGACACUCAGUCACUCAACACUCAGGUCCAAGACUUGAGAGGGAGCUUGUCUGCAGUGACCAAGAAUAGAGACACUGUGCUUGAGGAGAACUCAAAGCUUCACCAGAGGAUCCAGGAGCUUGAUGUCUUGUGUCAGAAGGAGAAGACUCAGAGAAGGGAAGAAACCACAGCUCUAAGUAAAGAGCUCCAGAGAGUUAGGAAUGCACUCUCGGCUUUUGAAGGUCUCCCAGAGGAAUAUGAGAAGGCUGUGAAGGCAGCUGCAGCAUUGCCGGCAGAGGAGACUAGCAGGGUGCUGGACAGGAUACUUCCUGCCUCAAGACUACAAGGGGACUGGGCAGUAGAGCAGUGCAUCCAGCUCACCAGGAAAGUGUUGCAGCUGGAGGGAGAGAGUUUGGAGGCAUACAACACCAUUCAGCAGCUGACAGAGGCCUUGGAUCAUCUGAAGAACACUGUAUCAUCCUACAAAACUGCCUUAGGCUUGGCAGGGCAGCCAUCAGCAAGCCUUCUGGAACGCAUUGCAUCCCAGGAGGACCAGAUCACAUCCAUACAUGCUGCCCUGGACCACCACACAGCUCUCAAGACCAGGCUGGUGGAGGAGAACAAGGCCUUGUCUCACCAGGUGGCUCAGCUCAAGCAAGGAUUGGAAGAGGCUGGAAUAGAGGCUGGUGAGUUGAGUGCAAUAAAGAAGCAACUUGAGUCUCUCCUGCGGGAUUCCCCCCGCCGGGGCCUGACAGGGACUGGAUCUCCAAGGAAGGAUGCAGACAGGAUGGAGGAGAAAGGGCCAUCCCAGACCUUGCCGUCAGCCAUUAUUAUCACCAAGAAAAGCAGGUACCAGUCACAUUAGUGUUUGGGUGUGUGGAGUAGUUUGUGGAGUAGUGACAAGAGCCUUCAAUGUGCCUUAAUGAUUAGGUAAUGAUGUUAUGAUGUUCUCAGGACUAUUAGUUACUGAGUGAAGUUUUUUGUGUGGUGAGCUAAAUGGUGUAUUUGUUGUAGAAUACAUAGAAAGAUGUGUAGUGUUGCUUUGUACUCAAUUGAAUGAUGUGCUUGAAGCUGAUAUUACUUCACUGACACCAUACUGCCUUACUUGGCUUUAUGUUUUUACAGGUUAAUUUAAUGUGGCCAUCUGUGCUAUGGCUUAGCUCCAGGGGGUUUGGUAGGUGGUUCAAGAGACUGUCCCUUUCCACCAGAGAUUAAUGGGAUUAAAAGUGUGAAUGAGUGUGUAUGACUGUGUGGUGCUUUGCUUGUGCCACCCUAUGUGUGAAAGCUGCCCUGGUAUAGAUAGGUUUAGUGUCACAAAGGCUUUCUAGGGAAUCUGGACCACUGGCAUUCCUUCAGUUUGGUUGAGAGUGGUCAGUGCAUGUACUCACCUUAGUCCAUUCACUGGGAGUUGAAUCAAGUAAGCUGUGUUAGCCUGAGCCAGUUUGUCCAGUGCCUUGUCCUCUGCUUUAUGUCUGCUAACUUAAUAUUAAAGUGAGAUGUCAGCUUUGUGUACACAGAUAGGUCUAUGUGGCUGUAAUCCUCCAAAAAUCUACGAGAGAACUAUUUUUCUUAAGGUAGAAUAUGAUGGGGGUUAAGAGAGUGUGUGUGUGUGUGUGUGUGUGUGCGCCAGACUGGUGUUUAGAUUGGUAGGUGGAAUUUGACAACCAAUCAAAAGUAAAUAGAUCAUAAUUUAAGAUAUAACUUACUAUUCUGCAUGUGUAUUAGGACUUCAGGUUCCCAGAGAUUGCUUGGGACAACAUGUACGUACCUGUUGGUUUUUACUGCCUUGCAAUAAACCUAUAAACUGACAUACAAAAA